GUUAUUUUGAAUGGGUCAAAGUGAAUCCGUCGAAGGGGAUGAAUCAGCAUUUAUUCCUGGAUUUAAUCCUGAAAUCAUUACACAGAAAAAAAAUAAGGAAGCACAAUCAAUUGACAAUAAGACUCCGUUAAAUUCUUCACAAAAUGAAAAUGAAGAUACGUUCCUGAAAUACGCUAAUAUAACGGAUGCCAUACGUCCAAUUUAUGAAGCGGAGGCGAGUCAAGUAACUAAUGAUGCAAAAGACGUGACCUUCAUGAAUGCUUCCGUGAAUGACAUUUUAAAAGAAUUGCUAAAUACUUCAAAAGAAAAUGAAACAGACGAUGACAAGAAUCUACGAGAUUUUGAUAGUAUGGAAAGAGAAAUCAGUGAAGAAAAAAGUACUUCUGACAGUGAUGAAUGUGUGGAAGAUCGUGGAAUGUAUCAUUAUGAACAAAAAAAUGAACAAGAAAGUGUUUCUAUAAUAAGCUCAAUGGCUCAUCCUAUCUUUGUUCAAGGUGAUUGUUGCAUUGGAGAAUCUUUAAAAGUUCGUGAUGGGUCUCCUUGGGCUCAACAAUAUCCUAUUUUCAGUGUUAGCUGGUUUGUUGGUAUGGAAAUCGCAAACUCAAUAUUAUUCAGUAUCAAGCCGGAUAAUACAGGAUGGACUUUGGCAAUUCAACCAGAGAUGUUUGGAAAAUAUUUACAGGUUAAAGCGUAUCGGCGUGUGGAAGAUCAACGUGCAAAUUGGUCUAAUACGAAUGAGGAAAAGGGGGUUUAUGACCCUCAUGUAGGUCACGUUAAGAUGAUUCAAACAGGAAUUGAAAAACAUUUGGUUGAUGUUCUCUCUUCUACAACAAUAGGACCCGUGUUGAUUUCAGAUGAAAUGGCUUAUAACGUUUUAAGGUCUUUAAAUGAAGGUCACAUGAAAUGUUUAAUGGAAUUGAAUGAAAAAUCGUUACAAACCGUUUCGACAUAUUCUUUAUAUGAAAAAAGUAAUGAAACUCAUAAAUCAUUUAAGGAUCAUAGAGAAAAUACAUUCAAUUGUAAAGGAAAACUGUAUAUUAAUUUUAAACGGCUUUCUAUGAAAUACAGUCUCUCAAAGGAUUUGCAGAAUUCAAAACUCUAUGAAAAAGAUCUUUAUCAUUUUUUGCGAAGUAUACAAGAGUAUUUUUUCGGGAGCGUUUCAAAAAAGCUGAAUUCAACAGAGGACAGUCAAAAAAUUACAAUAAAACUAAAGUUAAAUAAACUAAAAGCAGUAACAGGAAUUGGAAAACAUGAACUUAUUUUAAAAAGAUUUGUUGAUAAGAUGCCUUCUGGUGAAUCAAGACAAUCUGGGUGUAAUUCCAUUCGUUUGUAUACCGAGCCAGAUAACAAACGAGAUAUUCUUUUGUACACUAUUUAUGCUUUUCAAGCAGCUAGUUAUUUUGGUGAAAACAGUAAAGGUUCUUGGAACGAAUCAAUGAAAACCGGUGACGUAGGAAAAGUCAAAGAUAUGAUUCAAAAAUAUUUUGAAGUUAUUAGGAGUAACGUUGAAAAUGGUGUCAACUUUUAAAAAAACAAACAGCAUAACGCAUGAAGAAAAAAAAAAGGAUUUGUUUAUAUGUGUUUUUUUUUGUUCUUAUACAAGUUUUCUUACAUUGUCCGUGUUUUAAAAACUAUUUCAUCUUCUGGUUAUAAAAGCGAAGACUAAAAUAAAAAAUUAAUAAAAAAAAAAUCUUUUGUUUGACGGUUUUUUUUACUCUUUAUGUCAAUUACCAUUAUUAUUUAAUCGGCAAGCGAUACUAUUUUUUUUUGUACAUGAAAAAACGCUGUGCAUGAAAUACGAACAGAUUCUACCCUGACAAAGUUUUUACGAAGACCAUUAAAACAGUUCGUAUAAAUUUCAAUAGACCUCACGAAAAAAACUGUUGCAAUAGUAAGAAAAAAAAUAUUUCAUUCAAUGUACAACAAGUCACUAGAAUCACCAAAUCUUGUUGAUCGCUGUAACCCAUCAUGGUAUGGAACAUGUUUUCGUGUAAAAAAUAUGGAAGAAUCGGUAGCGUUUUAUGUUCAAAAUUUUCAUAUGCGCCUAAUAGAACAAAAAACCGAAAAUGAAGACGUUUAUAGUGUCUUGAUAAGUCCAAAACAAAGUGAUGUUUCACAAAUUUCCAGUUGUAUGGCAGUACGUUCUUUACUUCAAAAU